CAAGAAAGAUUUAACAGAAAAACAGAGAGGAGCAAUAAUCUAUGGCCACCAAAGAGGAGAUUCACUUCGUACAAUUGCAGCAGCACAUAGCCCAGGGCGUAUGUAUUGGGGCUGCUUCUCCUGGUUUGGGGUUGGGCCCCUUGUUCCUCUAAAAUCCUCUGCUAAUGGUGUGUCCCACCUUGAAAUCCUCCAGAAAUAUGCCCUCCCCACUAUAAAAAAAUUUCCAGCAAACAAUAAUCGUGAUUACCCGAUCUUGGUUCAGGACAAUGCAAGGCCCCAUAAUGUUAAGGAGGUACAGAAAUUUCUAAACAGUAACAAGGUUCAUGUGAUGAAGUGGCUCCCGCAAAGCCCAGAUCUUAAUCCAAUUGAAAACCUGUGGGCUGAAGUAAAACAGUCUAUACGCUGCAAGGAAAGGCCGGGUAAUCUUAUUGAGCUGGAUGCUCUUGUGAAAAAGGCCUGGCAUGAAAUACCACCAGAACUUUGCUGUGCAUUGGUCACCAGCAUGCCCAAUCAG